AUGGACACUUUACUAUCCCAUGAGGCCACGGGAGAGGAGGCGUCAUAUUCGAAAAUGGCGGAAGCCACAACUUUUUGGGGGAGAACUGCGAGACGCUUUCAGUGUCCAGAGGACUUCGACACGGCGGACGCGACGGUGUGCUGCGGGAGCUGCUCGCUGCGCUACUGCUGUGCGGCCCCGGAGGCGCGCCUCGAUCAGGGAACCUGCACGAACGACAGAGAAGUGGAGAGUAACACGCAAUAUGCUGCCCAGCCCAUCUAUGUGCCCUUCCUGAUGGUGGGCUCCAUCUUUGUGGCGUUUGUAGUGGUCGGUUCUCUAGUGGCCGUGUACUGCUGCACCUGCCUGCGACCCAAGCAGCCCACACAGCAGCCCAUCCGCUUCUCACUGCGCAGCCAGGGCGAAACCAUCCCCAUGAUCCUCACCACAGCCCCUCCCAGCCUCCGCACACCAUCACGCCAGUCCAGCACGGCCACCACCAGCUCCAGCUCAGUGGGUGGAGGCAGCUCAGUCCGGCGCUUCUCCCUGGGCCGGGGUGACGGGCUGGGACAGUGUUCGCAACAGCAGCUCCUGGUGGUCUCAUCUUCCACGGCCUCCACUCCUGUGUCUGUGGCCCUGACGCAGCCUCUAUUGGCUCCGCCUCCUCCACCGCCCUACACCUCCCAGCAGGGCCUGCAGGGUAGUAACUCUCUCCAGCACACGCACGCUCACAGCCAGUUACAGCUGCACCACCAGACCCUGCAAAGCUCCGGCUUCCUUCUGCCACAACAGUACUUCUUUCCCCUGCCGCAGGAACCAUUCUCCACAAACAAGGGCUUUGCUGACUUCAGCCAGAGCUGACCUGGGGUUCCCGGCUGCUGCUCAAAAGGAAACGGACACCAAAGAAUCUGUCAUUCACAAUGCCGUUGUUGUAGACUCAUAUUACAGGGGCUUCUGUUCAAGGAAAUAGGCACUAAUGUGUCUUUCAGCAAGCUCGAUUGGCACUUUGAGAGCGCAGCUGGAAUUUAAGAGCCACGUGGGCCACUAAAGCUGGUGAGAUAGUGAACUAGCAAUCAAACAGACACUCAAGUGCUGGAUACAACAUGCCAGAACAUGGAUGCCUGUUUCUAAAUGUACAACUGAUCAAAUCUUGUAUGCACUUUUU